AAUACUGAUUUGCUAUUAUUAUUAGCUAUCUGCGUAGACGCAAAAUGGCAGAUCCUGUUAUCGAAAAGCUUUAAUAAUUUUAAUACUUGUUUGUAUCGCGUAAUCAAAUGUAAACUAUUUCUUUCUUAAAUAUCAUUGCCAAAAAGACAUUGUUAGUGACUUAAAAGUUAAUCGAUCUCGGGGGGAAACAACGCCGGGGCAUUUAGAGUCAGACAAUUUCAAGCUGUUUCUCUUCUCUUUUUCUCUUUUAUUUUAUUUUUUAAAAUGAUAAAGUUUCGAUUAGAUCCUUUUCCACAGUUUACAGAACUUGUAUACAGAUCUCUACUAAACGCACGAUUUCUUAUAUUCUCCACAGUGGUAGCCAAGAUUACCUUGGACAAGCUCUAUAAAUAUGCAGUGAUAAUCAAUCCUUUAGGUUAUGAUGAAAAUGGAGAAGCUAUGUUAGAUAUUCUCGAAUACCAAUCACCCUCUUCUCCUAAUGACGUAUUUUAUGCACUCAACAGCUAUGGACCUAAAGGCAGGCAAGCUUAUUUGACAUAUUUAUUCUACGACGUCAUCUUUGUCCUGUCACGCACGAUCCCAAUUACUGUACUUUGCAGCUAUGCAUAUAAAAAGGCCCCCGAAGCAAUUCGUCCGGGUGUUUGGAUACCUAUGCUUAAUGCUGCCGUUGACUUGGUUGAAUCCUUUUUGAUUUUUGUUCUUUUAAACAUUUUUCCGACACGUGUCGAAUCCCUAGAAUGGCUUACCGUAUACGUGAUUCAGCUCAAGUGGCUUACAUUCAAGACAACGAUGGCCAUUCUAUUUAUCGCAUUAUUUGUGGCCAUCUAUUAUGGUUUUCAUGGUCUCUUGGCCGAUAGUGUUCUCAUGGAUAAAGACAGAGCUGCUGCUAGAGAUAACAUUCAAAAUGUAUUGCAAAAAUCUGCGGCUCGACGUGCAGCUGCUGCUACUGGAGACAAGAAAGACUCAUAGUGUACAUAGAUGAAAGAAAAAAAAAAAGAGAGGGGAGGUAAAAUCUAAAAAUAAAUACAAUAUAAAUUUUGCGUGACAAUUUCUGUAUCUUAUAAUUUUUUUGUCGUUGUUCA